AGCGCUCGAGCCAGACGAACUUACGGAGUAGAUGCGGAGCUGUCAGUUAUCUCCAUCCCCAUCGCCCAAGCGGGUCACGAUGCAAGGCGUGGGCGGUAGAACUGCCGGCGGGCAGAUGGGCUGUGCAUGUGGAGGACGCCUGUUAUCCCCCGCUGCUUUGCCGUUAUCAGAUCCAUCUCUGUUGCGUCAUCUCGACCAAACGUGAAGAAAAAUCGACUACUCUUGUCAAACGUGCAAAAGGAGGCCGGUCCCGAGGUUGCAACCACCACAAGGCUCAUCCGGCCCGCGGCAGGGUCGGCCCAAAUUGUCUCCCUACUGCUACAGCUCCGUCGCGGUCGCAGAUUGAUGGGAUCUUCAUCGAGGCGGCUGCAGGUACGGAGUACAAGUCAGGGGAGCCCAGGGGCCCUGGCCUCACGGCCGCCUUUGCGAACCCUUUUUACCUUGGCGGCCCGGGGGCAGGCCUGGCAGGAUCGCAUGCAGUUGCUCGAAACAUGGUGGAGUUUGUUUGUCCAUGCCAAGAUCUAGACGAAGAACCAACAACGGAGAAUCUUCCCAAUUGUCGAUCCCCUGCCAGGAUCUUUGUCAGGCAUGCCUUGCAAGGUCAGCGCCGCCCACCAACACGGGAUUCCGUCAAUCAGCUUGGCCCGUUUUUUCGUUUGCUCGCCGGCGCAAACGAGCAAGGAGAUGGGGUGUUCUGGAUGACCUCCGGAUCAGCCCCACUCAGGGGUACUCCGUACUGAUGUGAUGGCAUGGCAGCAUGGCGGUUCUACCGUGUUACACGGGCAGGAUGGAAGCUGUCUUGCUGAAAUAUAAGAAGCCCUUGGCUCAACUCUGGGAUGGGUGGUGAGCUUUGUUCUUCAGACUUUCAUCCCAUACUCCAGAAGUCCCUACAUACACAUUCUUUUUUAUCCUCAGCAAUUGAUUGCUUUUCAAACAAACUGUAGGCUCUGGAAGCUUUCACUCUUUUCACACUCUCAAAAUGAAGUUCACUCUCGUCGCCAGCCUCAUGGCUGCCGCCGUCUCGGCUGCCCCGACCUUCAACCUGGUUCAGCCUCGCGCUGCCAACUCCUCCGGAUCCAUCACUGAGGCCUGUAACAUUGGCUACGCCACCCAGAACGGCGGUACCACCGGUGGUGGCGACGCUAAGCAGACCACCGUCACCUCUCUGGAGGAGCUCAAGGCCGCGGCUAAGGCUGAGGGCCCGGCCGUCAUCAUCAUCGACGGCACCAUCACUGGUUCCGACAAGGUCGACGUUACUUCGGACAAGACCGUUGUCGGCGCUGCCGGCUCCUCCCUGGAGGGUGUUGGCCUCCGCGUCAAGAAGUCGAAGAACGUGAUUCUGCGAAACUUGAAGAUCUCCAAGGUCCUUGCCUCGGCUGGAGAUGCCGUCACUGUCCAGGCCUCCAGCAACGUUUGGCUGGACCACCUUGACCUGUCUUCCGACAUGGACCACGACAAGGACUACUACGACGGCCUGCUGGAUGUCACCCACGCCUCCGACUACGUGACCAUCAGCAACUGCUACCUGCACGACCACUGGAAGGCGUCGCUCGUCGGUCACAGUGACUCUAACGGUGCCGAGGACAAGGGCCACCUCAUCGUGACCUACGCCAACAACUACUUCUCCAACAUCAACUCCCGUGGCCCCUCUUUCCGCUUCGGUACCGGCCACAUCUACAACCACUACGCUGAGAAGUCCUCCACCGGUGUCAACACCCGUAUUGGUGCUCAGCUCCUGAUCGAGUCUGCUGUCUUCGACGGCAUUGCGAAGGCCAUCGAGUCCGCUGACUCGGAGACCGUUGGCUACGCUGUUGUCAACGAUGUCGACCUUGGCGGUGGCUCCAACACUGUCGAGGCCGGCACCCUGAAGUCCGUCCCUUACGAGUACGAGCUGCUCGGCUCCAAGAACGUCAAGGCCUCGGUCACCGCCAACGCCGGUCAGACCCUCAAGUUCUAAGCCAUCUAGCUUUGAGCACGCCACCGAUACCGGCAGCCUUGAAGGCUACGCUGUCCUGGUUUGUUUGAGCUCCGCCACUUGGUUGGCGCACCUCGGCAAGCAGGACUGAUUCAACCUUGUACAUAUUAUAAGGAGCCAGUCGCAGGAGAGUCUGGCAUGAAGAAAGGCGCUGAGAGGGAAUUUUGUACAUACAAUACUUCUGUGUAACUUCAUUGACAAACAAGAGUGUCACACCACAAAA